AUGAAGAAUUCUGCAGUAUUUGCUCUCAGUGUAGUCUGCGCUUGCAUCGUUGCCGGUAAUGCUGCGAACAGACCAAUUGUAGUUGGUGGACUGGGAAGAACAAAAUACGCCACUCCAGAAAUCCAAGCCCUUGUUAAUUCUGUGCGUAGAGAUAUCAUUAUGCAGCUUCCCAUAGGAUACAACAGGGAGGUGUAUUUGCCCCUGAAAGCUCGCUUUUAUAGGGAACAAGUCGUUGCUGGCAGAAAGUACUUCAUCAAGAUUCAGACAGGCCCAAUGAGGUUCAUCCACGUUAGAAUAUACAAAGACCUGAGAGGCGGCACUUCCGUUUCCGGUGUCCAGCUACAGAAGUCCAUCCGUGAUCCCAUCGAGUAUUUUUAA